AUGACGAUCAGAGCCUACAUAGCGGUGAGAUACCCUACAAGAUCCAGACCUUCAAUAGUCCUGCAGGCGUACAAACAGAUGAGAAACAUGUCACCAUCAGCAAUAAGACUCAACUCCUCAGCUGCGGCUGUCGCCACCCAACCCGCAUUCUCAGCAGUCCAGCCCCUCACCAACUUCGCAGAGAAGAUAGCCAAUCGUCCAGCUUUUGACAACUCCAACAGACCUAUCGAGGUAACAAAAUCCCCUGAUCCAACAUGGUCUUAUGGAGACGGUGUUCGCACUGGAGAGAUACCCGCCGUCAACAAAGUCCACAGAGAAAUCGACCCCUACUCUUCUGAUAGAUCCGUCAGCCAAAACUAUCGCCUCUUGAUAUCUGGCAUCGCCCCUCGCCCAAUUGGUUUCAUCAGUACCGUCUCCAAAGACGGCAAAACAAAGAACCUUGCGCCGUUUAGCUAUUUCCAAAUGGUCGACCAUGAUCCGCCAAUGUUUAUGGUUAGUUUCUCGUCUCGUCACGGCCGUAUCAAGGACACAUAUCAGAACAUGAAAGAUACCAAAGAAUGUGUUAUAAACACUGUUUCUGAAAAUAUGAUUGAAGCUGUUAAUGCUUCAUCCAUUGAUACUCCUUAUGGAAUUUCAGAGUGGGAUAUUACUGGUUUGACGGAAGGUGAAACGGCCACAGUGAAACCCUCACGAGUUAAAGAGUCAGUGCUUUCGAUCGAAGGUAGAGUUGUGGAUAUCAAGGAAUUCGAAGGACACAAGCCAGGCAUGAGUGGAUCUGCCAUCUUUCUAGUCGAGGCAACGAGGCUUUGGGUUCAAGAGGACGCAGCGAAUGAGGAUUUCAGCCAUAUCGACCUUGACAAGCUGCGACCAAUUGCACAGCUUGGUGGAAUGUCUUAUGGACGAGUAACGUCUACUUUCGAACUUCCUCGCACUCGAUGGGUGGAUGAGCAGCCGAAGAGCGAGUUUUUGUCUAAUUUGGAGAUUCAAAAAUCGGAUAGAUAA